GAAAAAUCAACAUGGCAGCGCAUUGAUUCUCCAAGAGGGUCCUAUAGAAUAGAUGCUACAAGGCAAGGAAAAAGUCACAGUAAGGUUGGAGAACCUGGUAAGGCAAAUCAGACCAAGAUCGUUUCAGCCAACCCAUCGCCAGUUGCCAGUCUAAGGAAGAAAACACAAAUGGAUGAGAAAAAUUUUGCAAAGACAGUAGACUUUUUGAUGACGUUCAGAAAGACGAAUGAUGAGCUGACGCAAAAAGCCAUCGUCCAUUUGGUUAAAAAAUUGGUGGACAAUAGUCAGCAGAUAACAGAACUGAUAAAGGCCUUAGAAAGCCAGGGGAGAGAGAAAACAGGAUGUAUUCUAAUCCCACGGACUACUGGGGGGAAAUUAAAGAUAGCUGGCUGUCAACACUACCCACAUGUUGUGUUCACAAACAUAUGGCGAUUCCCAGGAGUAAGGACACGCGAUUUAAAGCCCCUUGAGGAUUGCUCUUUUUCAUAUUACUACAAGAAAGAAAGGGUUUGUGUCAACCCUUUCCAUUACCAAAAAGUGGGUAUGUUAUUUCAUCUGUAAUUUUAUUUCUUUAUGUAAUUUUUCCUUCGGUUUGUUUGACAUUUAAAUAUUUUUUUAUCUAUUUAUUAUUCGAUGCCUAAGGCAUUCAGACACCAGGUGCAAGCUAUUUGGAACUUGAAGGAGAAGCAAGUGGUGGUCCAAGGUCACUCCCCCACUACCCACAAAGUUAUUCAUGUUUCUCGCUAGCAAGCAACUUGGAAGAGAUAGCAUCAACCCCAUCUUCAGGCAUUAUGGAAGAGAUGGCUUCCACUCCACUGAUACCUCGACCUAGGGAUACCGGUACUAAGUUGAAGCAGAGUCAGGAGAAUCCGUUAGAUCACUCCUUAUCAGCUAGGGAAGGCCAGUUCCAAGAAGAUGCCUUCUUGGAAAAACAGGACGAACUCUUUCAAGUACAGAGUGAGCUUAAAACUAUCAAAGAAAUAUUGAUCCCUCAACUUGAGUCUCAACUUAGUGAACAGAGACAAGAUCUGUUAAAGGCAAACAAGAAAUGUCUUUACUUAGAGAAAGAACUUGAAAGAAAAAAGUAUCAGCCAGCCGCCAAGAUUCUCUCUGGUAGAGAUCAGUGUACUCAGACAGUGACAUCGAGAAUACCUCAAUGCAAACCAGACUACAAAGCCCCGGUCAUUAUUGACGUAACAAAUUCAAAGCUGCCCAGAAGAGUCAUCAAUGAAGCUAAAAUGAUAGACAACUCUCCUUCCUAGUCUGGUUUCUGCACAGUAUUCUACGGCUGUCACUUUCUCUUCCUCCGUUUGGCCAUUCUGCUCUUGAGACGAUAUCAUGGUCACUUUGGAGAUAAGGGCUGCCAGCAAGUUAACACAGUCAAAGACAAUGCUCCAUUCCCCAGCUUCUCCAUCACCACUGUUUCUGCAGCUGGAAUACCACCAGGUCCAUAUGCUUUAUUUGGUUUAAUGUUUGCAAAAUAGUUUUUGGAUCCCCUGUACUUCUAUAUCUCCUAUGUUGUCUACUUGGUUCAAAUUCAGUACUAUGCCUUUGUCUCCUGGGGCUGAGAAUGCUGAUGAAAAGUAUUUAUUUCGGAUGUUAGCUUUAUUUUCAUAAUCAUUAUGUGUUAUCUUUUCCUUUUAACUAUGCUAUGCCUGUUGUUUCCAUUUUAUUAGACUAUCUAGUUGUGCAUGUUAACCAAGGUCUUAAAUUCUGCCAAGUCACAGGUUUUCCUGGUUUGCUCAGGCAACCAGUUUCAUGCUGUCACCCCUUAACUUUAUGAUAGACAAGCCUUUAAAGUCUAAACUUCUUUAAUAUUUUUUAAUUGCUUUAAUGUAGUACAUUUUUCAUGCUUGUAUUUAUUACUAGUAUAUGUUAGUUAGUCUGAGAACACAUAUUUUCUGUGAUAUUUUUUAAGCAAAGAAAAGCAGAUGUUUCUAAAGUUGUAAAUUUAAUGUGAUGUUAACUUGUUAUGUCAAAUCUAUCUAUCAUAAUAGUCGAUUCUGCCCUGAACUAUUUUGUUAUUAUUUCAUUGAAACUUAACAUGGCUUAGUGUUACAAGUAAAAAUAUAAAAUAUGUUGUCAAAGAAAUGUCUUUUGAGGUCUGAAUUUUCUUGAGCUGCAUAGAGGAGUCUCUUGCAUUGCUAAUCAUUGCUUUGACAUCAGCAUUUUUUUCAUUCAUAAUACUACCCAGGUUGUUGACAGUCUUUGUAACAGACAUCCAUCCAAAGUAGUAAUUUUUCUGCUUUUUGUUAUUGUAAUCUGGUUUAGUAGCCUACUAGACCAAUUAUUAACUGACACUUUUUUUUAUGAAAGAGAAGUUUGAGUCAUCAGCAAGAUUCAGAUCCUCCAAGUUAAAUAAAUCUAUUGAGAGAUAUUUUUUUUCGGCAGAAUGCCCAAAAAGAGCUAAAUUAGAAGCAAUUUUAACAAAUGAUCACAGUGCCCAUCUUACAUAAGAGGGAUGUAUAGUGAAAUUUCUUUUUUUUUUUUAAAUAUUCUAAUUAAAAAGAUAUACAGGGUGUUGGUUAUGUUGGGCUGUAGUGGUAGUAGGGUCACCAACUCCUGAUUAUUCCUCAGGGUUGACUCCUGAAGCUGUGUGGAGAGAGGGGGAACUGAUGUGUGGGCGACAUCAUUCUGACCACAGCUAAUGCCCAGGCAUUCAUCUCACCGAGAUGAUCCAUAGUUGCUCCGCAACUGGAGGAGGUCAUAGAUAGUGGUAGUAGUGUCUGCCUAAUGUGGAUUAGGAAAGAAAUUAAAAAAGGAAGGUGGGCACAGUGUCUACAAAGGGGGAGUUGUGUGGGAUUUAUUUUAUUGAGAUGGUAGUUUAACAGAGGUGUGUGUCCUGUCCUUAGUUUGAAGAUUGUAGAAUGCUCUUUGCGGGGGAGGAAAUUAAUACUGUCCAGUUUGUUAGGCAUGUUCAUUUCUUUGUACAUGGCUCUGCCUGUGUUUCCUGAUGCCCAUUGGUUGAGCCACUCCUCUUUGUGGUUGUUGAUUAACAUUGACCUUAGGGUGAGGUAGUUAGCCACUCCUCUUUGUGGUUGUUGAUUAACAUUGACCUUAGGGUGAGGUAGUUAACAGGUCUAUAUGGCUGUUCCACAGAUGAUCCUGCCUUUGAUAGCUUAUCUGCCCUUUCAUUUCCCAUGAUGCCAAUGUGUCCAGGGAUCCACUGUAAUGUGAUGUUGAUGUUUAAUUUUGUCAUCUUAUAACGGUGCUUCUGUUUACAUAUAUAAAUAUAUAAUACUUUUUUUCCCUUACCCCCUCUUUUUUCAACAACACUAUCAUUGCAAACUUGUACAUGUAUUAUAACUUGUAAAUUUGUAAAUUGCAAACUUGUAAAUGUUAAAUUUUGUUGUUGUUGCAGCAAUCAUAUUUAUUUUGGUUCACAAGAUUUGAAUAUAAUAAACUGUAUAUUUAUAUAUAUGCAAAGCUUUAUUUGAAUACAUCAGUUAGUCUUUGAAAUACUGUGUAGAAAAACAUGUACAUAUUUUUUGUUGUUUUCGCCUCCAAUUACAUGAAACAAAUUAUUUUUACAAAUUUGUAGGCAAAGCAUUUUUUUUUUUUCAAACAUUUACAGCACUCUAAAUCAUUUAGAACAGAAAGAAUCAGUUUAAAUCAUGUGAUUUAAUUUUGAGGUUUCAAGCUGUCCUCAAGUCAAAUCAACCAUAAAUCAAACUAACAUGUAGCAAUUUAAAUUGUCUUAUGGAAAAUUGAUGCAGAAGUUUCAUAAUUUCUGACAAUAAAUUAUUUUGGAAUAAUUGUCAUUUAGUUAUGGAAUUUAAUAUACCCAAGCCAUGUGUAUACUAAUAUUCAGUAUUAAUAUGGUAUAAAACAUUUACAAUUCUAAGCUUUCAUAGGAAAUUAGUUUGUGCUAAUCUUUCCUUUGACGCCACAUCCACACUUAUAUAUAUAUUUUAUAUACAUAUAUAUAUAUAUAUACAUAAAUAUAUAUACUUCUUGAUGAAUAUGAGAUGAGCAUGAUAUCAUUUGUUAUGUAAUCAAAGAGGGCUAUGUUAUCAUAUCUAAACUUUGCCGCACAAAAGGUACAGGAAGGUUGAGUGUUGCAGAGUUGACAACUUUGAUUUUCUGCUCGUUAUGUCAUCUGCUUUCUAAGUUGUUGUAUAAUCUUUUUGAUGCAUUUGAUCAUUUUCUUGAUCCAGACAGUUCCUCUUACAUUGAUCAUGUGAUAAGUGAGCCCCCAUUUUGUUUCCCUUGUUCCAUACAGUCUGAUUCAUUGAUCAUGCGGCAAAUUGAGCCAUAUUUUGUUUCUUGUCCCAUACAAUCCUAUACAUUGAUCAUGUGAUAAAAUAAGCCCACUUUAUAUCUUUCUUGUUGCAUAAGAGACCCAUACGUUAAUAAAGUGAGUCUACAUUUUGUUUCUCCUAUUACAGCCCCCAAACAUUGAUGAUGUGAUGAAGUGAACCCCCAUUUUGUUUGCCUUUUUUCAUUUCUUUGGCUCAAUUGUAAGUUGUCAAGUUCUUUAAAGUAAUUAACAUAGUGAUUCCUUUAAGCACAGAUCUCUGGGUUGUUUGCUAUUUUCAAAUAGAGUGAUCUCUCUAUAAUUUUUCUGGGCUUUUUUCCUGGUCAAAUCAGCUUUUUAACCCUGGCCAUCAACAUCCUCAAAUCUAAAAUUUAAUGUUCUGUCCUGAAAUAGUUAUCAAAAUUUCAAUACCGGACUUAAUUCGAUGUGCCAGUAAAGAUUCUUUUAGUUCUGUAUCUGUAGUGUCAAGACCUAGACAUGUUUACCACAAGUUAUGUCAACUAGCUUCUGUAUAUUUCAGUUGGUACUCUAUGUGUGAUGCUCACAGCCUGAGUAAAAACUGAUGACUUAGGUGUUAGUUAUAAGGUCAAUUGUAAAAAUUAAAUGCUAAUAAAGUGGGAAAAAAUCAACAAAACCAGACAAUUUAAGUCAU